CGUUCCCUCUCCUACUACUGUCUAAUUCCUGAUUCCCCUGUAUACUCACCCUGCCAUGCCCUUGCGCGUUACUUCGGCUCCCGUUUCUGGUAUCAGGAAAAACCGAAAACCCGCUACCCCGAGGCCGCGGGCCUCUCCCUUCGCCGCCCAUGCCCGUCGCAAACCUUCGGCGCCGUCAUCAUCCGGCAUCUCCAAGAUCUCCAGCGAGCAGGAUGAGUACGAGCAAGGCCCCCUUCCAGAUCUCGGGCCAUCACGUUACAUCCCCGAAACUGCUCCCGUAACAGAUGUGGUCGAGGCUCUCCAGUACAUUCGCAACAGCAUGUUUGAAGAUCUGCCCCGCCGAGCGGGCAUGAAUAGCACGCGCAUCGCCGAGAUCCUCAACUUUCGUCGCUCCCUGCCUCCCCUCGCCUCCGUCGCACACGUUCAUACUCUGCUGGAAGCACCCACAAAGGUCGAGAAGGAAAUCAUGGAGCUGGUUCGCGCCGGUCGGGUCCGCCGCUUGAUUGUCCCCGGGAGAGGGAAUGAUGCCGCGGGCUUAGGCGAUUGCUUAGUGUUGAGCGAGGAAUGGGACCGCUUGGUGCUAGAUAGCCCUGCAUUGGAAGCACCCCUGAAAGAGAAAUUUCUCGCGCUGCUUGGUCGGAUCGGAAACACAUGUGCAAUUCCCGGAGCCGCUUUCACUCCGCCGGAGUGUAUGGCCCUGGUCCGGGCUGGAUUUCUCGUCUCUUCUUCGUCCCUAGCGAAAGGCUCAUCCAGCUUAGCUUCCCUCCCUAUUCUCCCUACAACCUCGAUUACUCCAGCUUCCGCAAGUCGAAGUGGUGCUUACCCACCACACGAGGUCGGAGCGAACCCUCGCUCAUCAUCAACUACCGCGACACUCUUUCUUUCGCUUCCAAACACAGGCCCCUACCUUCGUCUGCUGAGCGCUGGCCGCUCACACCUCCUUUCUCUUCUGAAAAGGUCUAGUUCGAACGAGGUCCCUGUCUACCUCCUGCGUGACCGCUGGGAUGGGGCGGUCGAGAGUGAAAAGAGCUUCAGUGUGGCGAAGAGAGUUCGAGGCGAGUUUUCCGGCAUCUUGCCAGGCCGGACGAAAAAGUACAAGGAUCUCUACGGGAUGAACUUCCGCUGGGCUCUGGAGGAGGCGCUCGGGGCGGGGUUGGUCGAGAUCUUCGACACUGGCAGCGUUGGCCCCGGGGUGCGUUGCUUGUGAUCAAGAGGUUGUCCAAUCAAAGGAUGAUUCUAGACCAAAAGACUUGAGGCACGAAGUGAAGCAUGCUGCCAUAUAAUCUUGGCUGCAUUGCAAUGCGUGCUUGACAGAGCCGUCUGCCACGGAGCCGAUAGGCCCGUAGUCGAACGGACCAGACGGCUUCUCAAGACCAAAUGACUGUCAAUGCUCCAGGUUGCUCUUCGGAGCAUGUGAGCUCAUGAAUAUAUGAACCAAUAGAACAUGUACAUAGCCUAGCAUAUACCCAGACCAAUCUAUCUUUAAUGCGUAGAGUUGAUGCGGACGAUCCGAUAAUAUUCUGGCGGGUAAGAGCCAGUGACGGUUUUCGACAGAGCAAGCUAUUCAAUUCCAUCACGGUGCGAAUAUGGUGGCCUCUGACUUCUGGAUUUGUUGGUGAUUCCACCAUGUGCCUCGAAG